AUGUCUCGGAAGUCAUUCACGUCUGCAACCGUGGUGCCAACCGCGUGUGAAGAUGAAAACUUGUCGGGCACUACCAUCGACUGUAAUGCGGUACCAAACAAAGAAGAAGUGGUCGCUACUCCUGAGCCCCUCGUCCACGCGGAAGCUGAGGUAGCCCCUCAACUUGCAGAUGGAAACCAAGACAGCACGACAGAAGCAUCCACUACUCCAGACACCGACGAGUCUCCAAAGCAGCAAUCAUCUCCUCCAAAGCCUUUCCCACUUCCCAUUUCGCACGGUACCGGAAUGCCACACAACGUGGAGCUGACUGACCGAGGUGGAUUUAAGCUCGUGAACAACUACAGAGCACUCGCAACCACUUUCAAGCAUCUUCAGCCUUUCGCUCGAUGUCCGGACGGCUCGUAUUCCUCCGAAAUCACUUGUGUGUUGUGCAACGAAUCGAAGCCAACAUCCGUCUUCUUCCCGUGUCAGCACAUCACGAACGACAUGUCACCGGAGUGUUCCCUGAAUCUGGAGCGAUGCGUGUGUCCAGUCUGCUCAGCAGACAUCGGUCUCAUCCUGCCACACACAGGCAACGAGGAGGACGCGUACUGGAAGUGGGUACUCGCAACCAAGCCACGUUUGCCGUCACAGUUCACGAAGAAUUUCAAGAACGCCGUCCAGAUGAUAAGCGACAACUCGGUAUUGGAGAGGCGAGUUUCGACUAUUGGGGCGAUCACCCCAUCCGACCCGACAAGAAAGCUCAAGCUUCAAAGGAGCCCAAUCGCCGACGUUCUUGGGAGCCUUCAAACGCCAGAAGACGAUCUGCAUAUAAGCUCGACGCUGGGAGAAAACGGGAGAGCUGCUUGA